AUGGCAAAAUGGGUUGACAUUACCAAGCCGUCAGUGAUGCAGACAUUGUUCAAAGCUCUCAACGACCCUGAUAUUCUAUCACUGGGCGCUGGAGUAGUUCCAAAGCAGCUUUUCCCCUUGGACAAUAUCAGCUUCUCUGUCCCUCAGCCAGACAGGUCCGGUCAAAUCACGGACAUUUCAACGCAGAAAUAUGAGCACCUACCUGGGAGCUCCAAGCUUGAUCUAUCCGCCGCUCUCGACUACGGUCAAGCAACUGGCGUAAAGCAACUGGUUGAAUUUCUUACUCAACAUGUGGAGGUAUUCCAACCUGCCCUCCUGCCUUGCAAUAUUCAGAUCAUGCUAAAACGGCCCUCACAGAUAUACCAUCAACCUCCAUACUCUGACUGGAAAUGCAUCUUAACCGGUGGAAAUACUUCAGCCUUGGAUCUCGCCCUUCGCUCGUUUUUAGAACCUGGUGACUUUUUCUUGGCCGAAGAAUACACCUAUCCAACAUCAUAUGAAACAGCCGGCCCGCUUGGCCGGAAAAUUGUGACUCUUCCAAUGGACAAUGAUGGAAUUGACCCAAAUGCAAUGAAUCAUCUGCUCCAGAACUGGAAUGAAGCAGAGCGUGGAGCGAAACGACCUCGGGUUCUAUAUACGAUCUCGACGGGACAGAAUCCAACAGGAGCUACACCAUCAUUGGAGCGACGAAAGGAAAUCUAUAACCUUGCUCAGAAAUGGGAUUUAUAUAUCCUGGAGGACGACCCGUACUACUACUUCCAGUAUGAGCCAUUUGAGAGUAAGGGUGGAAUGGCGAGGGACAUUUUACCAGAGGAGUUCGUGAAGGGUUUGAUCCCAAGCUACCUACAACUCGAUAUUGAUGGUCGUGUUUAUCGCAUGGACACAUUUUCCAAGAUCAUUUCGCCGGGGCUACGCGUCGGAUGGUUGACGGCAUCCGAGCAGAUGAUUGAGCGCAUUGUCCGUGCUCAUGAGACGUCGAUACAGAACCCCAGUGGGCUCACACAAAUGAUACUCUACAAAAUUCUGCAGGAAACCUGGUCUCAGGAAGGAUUUACAAAGUGGCUAAUCAGUCUUCAAAGCGAGUACAUGCGCAAACGUGACUUGCUCUACGAUCUCGCGCAGCUUUAUCUCCCUCAACAUUCUGUGGAAUUGAUUAAGCCCAAAGCUGGCUUCUUUAUGUGGAUCAAAGUCAAGUGGACACAGUUUCCAAACUCUCACCAACUGAGCGCGAAAAUGGUUGAGUCCCAAAUUUAUGACGAGGCUAUCAAGCAAGGAGUAAUCCUUCUCCCCGGUAGUUGGUUCCGGCCGGAUCAAGGUCGUGAGCUGUCUGAGGUCUUUUUCCGACUUUCGUUUGCCCCUUGUACUCGGGAGGUUAUGGAGCCAGCACUGAAGAGAAUUGCUUCCACAUUGGCCACAAUGACUUGCUAA